AUGGCUGCUGCCCUCCUCGCUCUGCUCUUGGCCUCUGUCUCGCUGGGGACUGGACUAGUUAUUAAACCAAUAGGAGGAGACCAAGGCUGUGAGAAGGGCUGGACUCCGUUUGAUUCUCGUUGUUAUAAGUUCUUCAACCGGAAGUCCUCCUGGAUGGAUGCAGAGAGAAGCUGUCUCCGGGUCAGAGCAAACCUGGUCUCCGUCCACAGUCUUGAAGAGAACACGUUCAUCGGGGACUUGAUCUUUAAGGCCACAGGGUCCGACACUGGGACCUGGCUCGGUGGGACUGACGCCGUCGUGAAUAACAGGUGGAUGUGGAGCGACGGGACGCCCUGGGACUUUGAGCAGUGGUUUACGGAUGAGCCCAACAACCGGGACGGCCGGGAGGAGGCCCUCAUGAUCAACAUGGAGGAAGAGACUCUGCUUUGCCCUGUUUUCAUGAAUCUGGAUGACACCACCUACCACUGCACCCCCGACAUGUGA